CAGACUGCUGGUACAAGUUAUCCGUCCUAGACUAAUUUCAGGGGACUUAAGACUAUAUUUCUUGACAUGUACCGUUGUUCAUUGAUCAGACUGUUGCUCGUGCUAAUCACUAUUCAAUUAGGAGAUGGUCAUAAGACGCACUUGAAAUCCUUCARCACUAAAAAGGGCAAUUUGGAAUCAGAAAUGUUUGCUGAUGCCCGACCAGCUGAAAAGAGAAGCAUUAUCCAGUUUGGUAUCAUGAUAUUAUGUACAACAGGAAGACAAGCUCUUGCCUAUAACAACUAUGGAAAUUAUUGUGGAAUUGGAGGAAGUGGGACUCCUGUGGAUAACAUAGACAGGUGCUGUAAAGCUCACGACAAAUGCUAUCGCAGAAAUAAACAUUGUUCAUAUUAUUGGUUAUUGUAUGACUCGGGAUUUAUUAAAAGAUGGCGGUCGUCUAGCCAAAAGUGUGUAAUCAAAUGUGAUGACAGUGAAAGAUGCAAGUUUAACAUAUGUGAGUGUGACAGGAUAGCUGCGGAAUGCUUCGCCAAAUACCGUUACAAUCCCAAGCAUAAGAAAAGUUGGUGGGGCCGAAGAAGGCGCUAACGUCAAAAAUGACUGAACCCGAAAAUGUAGUAACUAKAAAGUUAAAUUUGAAAACUUAAAUGAAAUGGAAUGAUACAAAUUAAAGAUAAAAUCAACUCGGUCACUUCAAAGUUUAUCAAGAAUCUUAAUUUCAUGAUCUUAUAAUAGUGCAAAUAAGUUUUUUUGUACUAUGAUAUAACUGUAAGUUGAUGAGACGAUCUAAGGAGUUUCCCACCUUUUCUAAUACACUUUGCAUACCUUUUGACUUAUACUUUUUCAUGUUAUUUUACUGUACCACUGGAAAAAUCGCGCGCUUUAAAGGUUGUAAGUUUGAUCAGUAUCUGAUUUCCAAUAAAGUUACAGAAUUUUGGACACUUACAUCAUAUUUACAUCAAAUUUACAACCUUUAAAGCGCGCGAUGUUUUCCAGUGUACUAUUAGACCAAAACAGAGAUCCAUGUAAAGUUARAUAAAAUAUAUUCACAUCGCAAGUU